UGGAUUCUGGCAUUGGUUGGUCGGAAUCAGGAAGUGACGCUAGAAGGAAGGCCGUUUGUUUACAAUCACGGCAGCGGCCGCGAGUGGGUUUCGUGGGUGAACAUGGUGUGCGACAAAUGUGAGAAGAAACUGGGGACGGUUAUCACGCCAGAUACAUGGAAAUCCGGUGCAAGGAAUACAACAGAGAGCGGAGGUCGCAAAUUAAAUGAAAAUAAGGCACUGACCUCAAAGAAAUCACGGUUUGAUCCCUAUGGAAAAAAUCGCUUUGCAGUUUGUCGCAUCUGUAAAAGUUCAGUUCACCAGGCAGGGUCACACUACUGCCAGGCAUGUGCCUAUAAGAAGGGUAUCUGUGCAAUGUGUGGGACCAAGGUUCUGGACACUAAGAACUACAAGCAGACCUCUGUUUAAAUUCUAAUCCUGGGGAUUAUGACUUUAUGACUGUCUGAAAAUGUAAAUAGACCAGGAUUUAAUUGCUCUUUGUUGGCUUCUGUUUCUCUUCUUAUUAACUCAAUGCACUCGCUUUAUAUCUUUUGGAUAUUUUUUAAGGACUAUUAAAUUUGUGUGAAAAUAAUGAACAUCACGUCAAGGCGGGUAUAAUGGCUUCUAGAAUUUUAAUUUAUCUGUUAUAACUGGUGUUUCAUACCAAUAUUCAUUAGUUUUCAUUAUUUAUUUAGGUUUUGACCCUGUGACCCAAACAAUGAUGGAUAAUAUAGUGUCUCUCCCUCAAAUAAACCACCAGGACAAACGUGUACAGUGGAUACAUUUAUACAUCAUGAAGGCCCAACCCUGGCAAGCUUUUCUGCUGCAAGAAGAGCAUGCCCGGCCCUGUAUAAUGUAUAGUUUAAUCAGAUGAGAUUAGUCCAGUCUCCUGGACUAGUCCAGACUAAGGUCACUCUGAAUUUAGCCAGGUGAGAUUAGUCCAGUCUUGAAUUAUGCAUUAUAUAGGGCCACGUCUGCCCUUCUUGCUGGUGUUUGAUCUUAGCACUCAAUGACAGAACUGCUUAUGGAUCUAGCGACUGUAUUUACUGGUUUCCACUUUUUUCUGUAUUUGUGUGCCAUUAAACAUUUAAUAAACCGUUCUA